GGCCGGGUAUAUUCUCGCACCAUUAUGAAACUAACCACGGUUUGGAGAGUUUCGUAAGGAGCUGGCAGUUACUGUGGCCACGAAUGUGGUGCUGCCACGUGUGGCAUUUCACAGUGCUGUGAAAUUUGGGGUUUGGUUGUGGAAAUUAGGGCUCUUGGAUGGACUGGAAUGGCUCGUGCUGGACACUCGGUUAGAAGAAAUCAAAGCAAGAAGGGGAGGUUACCAGCGGUUAUUUGUUUUGAUUUUGCAGAGAAUGCGAGCAAUCCACAGCCGGCACCGUCACCUCAACUCGUGGAGCUCGAGAAAGCUUUGGCUGCGGCCAUAGACAAGGUAAAAAGGAAAACGAUAUCAAAGAAAAACCCCCAAAGAAGCUCUGGUUCGAUCCAAAAGCUUUUGCUCUUCUUCUUUCCUUGGUUUUCUAUCCUAGCUUUGUUGGUCAGACGGAAACUCUCUUUCGCGUGUUUAGAUCGAGCAAGGCGAGCAAGGAGCAGCAAGCGAGGUCAAGCGAUUCGGAGGCACACACGAGAUGCUCCGGAGUAUCAAUCGAGACGAGGAGUCGAAGGAACAGCAGUCGAAACUCGCGACGGCAAAGCCUCCAGGUUUGAGAAGAUCGAGAGAAAAACUCCAUACACUUUACUUUCUCCAAUCCAGGACGAUGAGCACCAAUCCAGUGGAUCCGGAGAGGGUCUGUUGCUCGCUGUGAAUAAGUUCCUGUCCGCAAAAGAAGCCCACCACCAUCACCACCACCACCAUCACUGAACACUCAGAGGAGAACGAAGCUCU